AUGGAUAUUUCUGUGCCAAAUGCACCUCAAUUGUACACUGCCUCUGGCGCGGCCGUUGCGACGAAUUCCAGCUCUUUGGGCUCAAACUCAAUUUUUUCUGAUGAUCAAAUGAGCGAAGCAGUAAUGCCUCCUAGUUCCAACUCAUUGCCUAUACGCGCUUCUGAGCCUUUAUUCGAAAUAACUCAAAACAUUCCAAAUCCUUCGACAGCUUUUUCCGAUACAACUUCCAGUCACACGAGUCAACCGGCUCUAGAGUCCUCAGUAGGUGGUACCACAGGGAAUGUGAACAUUGCAACUUUUACUAGGGAUGAAAGCGAGUUAAUACCCAGUAUCCAAGCUAUUAGCCCCGUAAGAUAUUUUGGAAAAUUCGAACUGAGCAAACAUGGAAAACGUAGUGUCCUCGUGUAUAGAAUCCCUAAUACAAGAAUGGUUUAUUCUUUCUCAUUUUUGAGAAAAAAUAAUACAUUUGAUGUCUAUCGUUGCAUACGUUGCCAGUCGCAAGGGAGCUAUGUCAAGAUCAAGGUUGUCGGCAACGAAUUCCGAGAAAAUCCCUGCAGUAUUGGGCAUAUCUGUCCUUCCCAAACGGUUGCAUUUGACGCCAAUAUCAGGAAGUUCUACGAGGAAAUGCAGUCCGUACGAGGCGACUCGAACUCCUCAGGAAUGAGAGUUAAGCAAAUUUGGUAUAAAGGCCUCCGCGAAAGGGAAGAAUCGCGAACGGAAUCAGACGAAGCAGUACAUGACGGGGUCGUGAGUGAGUACUAUGGAAUUGGGUUUGAAAUGCGCAAAAGGCAGAUAGCCAGAAAUCUCGCUAUUCAUAAAGACAAGAGGGCAACAAUGGCAAAUGUUCCAUCUGACCUGCAAUGUCUUUGUGAUGGUACGCUAUUUUUGCAAGAGCAGUCUGAGCGGUUCCACAUAUAUUUCUCAGAGCGAACAAUUCAGAAGGCAUGCUCUGUGGGUCUAAAUGUUCUGGUGGCGGAUGGCGUUCAUUCUGCACAACCCAAGGAAUUGGCAAGGAGCGGACAAUUGUAUUCAGUGCACGGGGUCUGUGGAAACGGCGUCGAGCUGGAGGGAUGCUCGUUCCACAUGGCUCAGGCCUGGAACAGACGCAAAGAUAAAUUGGGACUUCGUCAAUACCUCUGCGGUCCGACCAGAGAAAGGCGAAUUUCACGGUGGUGGGAAAUGCUCAAGGGGCUGGUAUUUUUACCGAAAAGAUUGCGAGCACGUGUUCGAGCAUUGGAAGGACCACCCGUUCCCCGUAGACACGAUGCAUAUAGAAAAUGUGCCAGAUUUCUCAGGUAUCUGCGAAACACUUGGCUUUCUGGCAUGUACAAAAAUCUAUGGUGCAAAUGGAAGAAAUUUGAAAUGCGAACAACAAACCUCGCUGAGGCUUUCCACAGCUCAUUGCAAAAAAUUCUAAAUUGUGAUCACCCUCCUUUGGGCACCUUGAUUCGAGUCCUGAAAGAUUUAGAUUUGGAAGCUAAGUGUGCCCUUUAUCGCGCUGAAAGAAUGCCGCUUGAACGUAAGCGUUUGCGACGGAGAGAUGUGCUGAGGAGAGAGAAAAUCACAGCGGAGAUGAUGAGCUUCGACCAUCGGCUGCGUAUGGGGCAACUACGAAAUCAUCAAGUAGAGAAAUACUGCAUACGAAUGGCUAGAUUUGUUUCUAAUAAAAGCAUUUAG